CCACGUCACACAGUGCCACGUCAAACAAAGUGCCACGUCAAACAAAGUGCCACGUCAGCAGUGCCACGUCAGCAACAUGACGGGCCUGCCAGGGCAACUCCCCAACGAGUCCCUUGCAGCCUACAAGCAGCGGUUCCAGGCUCAGAUAGAGGCUGAGGAACAACGCCAGCUGGCAGCCGAGGCUGCCCGCGUACAAGCUGAAGAGGCAGCAGCAGCAGAACAACUGCAGCUACAGGCCGAUGCAGACGCUGAUGCCCAGGCUCGCCGCAAGGAAGCCCAGGAUUUGCUGCAGCGGCAUGAAGCCAACAGCAUCGAUAGACUCAAGUACUGGCAUUUUGAACCGAACGGCGACGAGGCAACACCGGAAGAGAAGCACAAGGAGUUCCUCUCCAAACUCGUGACGCGGUUGUUGUAUGCUUGCAACUACCAACGGUCAGAGUUGGAGAGACAGUACCAGAACCUGACGCAACAGCAUCAGGAGUUGGCACAACUCCGCCGCAUGGUGCAGAGCCACGAGGAUGCAACUCGAGCACUCAAUGCCCGAUUGCUGGACCUGGAACAGGCUGUACCAGGACCAGCUGUUGGGGCUUCCAGCAGUGCACCCUCUAGCCGCCAACUGGAGGAUCGCGUUGACCACGUAGUGGCAAUGCUCGGCGACAUCAGCACUUUCGCUGCGCCGACCACCACCAUCAGCAGUCAGCUGCAUACAUUGAAGACCGAGGUCCAGCAGCUGCAGACGACGAAAGCGGGAGCCGAAGAUUGCCCAAAUCUGGAGCUGCCUUUCACUCAUCUCAGACAUGAGUUCUACUACAGAUCCUGCGCUGCAUUGAGCCAGGCUCUUGGUGAUCGCGAGCACUACUCCACUUUCGCCGAGAUUAUCGACAAGGCGAGAGAGAUCAUCAAGACCAACAGGACAAUUUUCAUGGGUCAAGUUUGGCUUGACCGAGGCGAAGUACAAGGUCCGCGGCCGCUACGGCAGCUGCUAUUGGUGCAACAGCACCAAGCACAAGACCUCCCUGUGCCAAGAUCAGGGCAAGGAGGAUGUGCGACCCCGCCUCAGAUCGGGUCCGCGGAAGGUGAGGCGACUCCACCUUCUACUCCGCCAGAUUCGGCCGCCUUGCUAGCGGCCUCCUGCACAUCUGGGGAGGAUGCGAAUGUCGCAAGUCCUCGGUAUACUUGCGAGGAUGAUGCUGUCCACUUGGUUCCACCGCUGGACCAACCGCUCCAUGUGCAACAGUCCACCGCAUGCACGGUUUCAUCACCAUCGGCAACCGAUUCGGCAGCUUCGCCGCAAUCUAUCGCCGGGGAUUCGACGUCAUGGUCAAGACUUGAAGAGCUCGACCCAUUGACGUUCACGGACUUCCAGUGGAUGCCCGUUCCCUCAACCGGACAAUUGCCGAAACCGCAUUGCAACAUGCUUAUGGCACAAUUGCGGGACUACUUGCACACUGCAGUACCAGCUCCGUUGAUGGACGCCGGAGCAGAGGUUGUCGACCUUCACGCUUUCAACGCGAAGAUCGACCGCGAGUUCAAGACGCAACGGUACGACGACAUCGACGCACCAUUGCUAUACAUACGCAUUCAGAUCGGAGAGGCGACCUGCAGUGCCUUGAUCGAUUGCGGAGCAUCUCGCAACUACAUCAGCCAGGACUUCAUGGUACGCGCCGGCCUUGGCCCACGUGUCUGGAGGAAGUCCCAGCCUAUGCAAGUCACCCUGGCAGACGGUCAUACGCACAAGUCCAUCGACUGGUGCAUUGACGCCGUCCCAGUGUACUUUGCCCCUCACGCAAGUGAGGCGGUGWCCUUYGACAUUCUGGACACCAAAUUCGACAUGAUCUUGGGCAURUCAUGGCUGCGAAGCAAGGAUCACCCGGUGAACUUCUUCAACCGCACCGUUCACGUUCGUGACCGGAAUGGAGUAUUAGUUCCAUGCACGGUGCCUCUUCCUCAUCCUUCGACCAGCUGCAACGUGGUAUCCGCCACAAUCAUGCGAGCUUCCAUCAUCAGAGACGACACCAAGGAGAUGGGGGUGUGUUUUCUCCACGCCCUCCCGCCCCAUGAUGCUUCCUCAACGAACUCACCUUCGGAUCCACGCAUCACCGAACUUCUCGACGCCUACAGCGACGUGUUCGAAGGCCCGCACGGAGUAGUACCGGAUCGACCCAUCCGCCACGAGAUCAUCCUCGAGGACGGGGCCGUACCUCCGCACGGUUGCAUCUAUCGAACGAGCAAGGAAGAGUUAAGUGUGCUUCGGGCACAACACGACGACCUUCUGGAGAAAGGCUGGAUUCGGCCUAGCUCAUCGCCAUAUGGUGCUCCUGUUCUAUUCGUCCGGAAGAAGAACAAGGACCUGCGGUUGUGCAUCGAUUAUCGCAAGCUCAAUGCGCAGACGAUCAGGAACGUCGGCCCUCUACCACGCAUCGACGACCUUCUCGAGCGAUUGGGCGGCGCCCAGUUCUUCUCUAAGCUGGAUCUCAAGUCAGGGUACCACCAACUCGAGAUUCGCAAGGAGGAUCGCUACAAGACCGUGUUCAAGACACGCUAUGGGCAUUUCGAAUGGCUGGUCAUGCCAUUUGGCCUUACGAAUGCCCCAACCAUUUUCCAAGGGGCUAUGACGACGGACCGGAGUCUGGACGAGCAUGUGGAACACUUGCGCACCGUUUUGGAGCGGCUACGACAGGCCAAGUACAAAGCAAACCGCGACAAGUGCGAGUUCCCACACCAGGAGCUGGAGUACUUGGGACACUAUGUGACGCCGCAAGGCAUUCGUCCGCUUGCGAACAAGAUCGAGGCCCUACGGGAAGACAUUGUCAGCGACCGCGACACUCGUUUCAUGUCGGCGUUUUGGANCGGUGUACCAGAAGACAUUGUCAGCGACCGCGACACUCGUUUCAUGUCGGCGUUUUGGACUGCUCUCAUGCAGGAGUCCGGCACAACAAUGAAACUAAGUUCGACUCGACAUCCUCAGACAGACGGGCAGACGGAGCGGGCACAUCAAACCGCUCAAAUGAUGCUUCGUACGCUCAUUCGUCCGAACCAGAAAGAUUGGGUUGACCGCCUCCCCGACAUCGAGUUCACCUACAACACUUCUGUGCAUCCGGCGAUCGGCGUGACUCCAUUCGAGUUGCACCACGGUGGACGAAAAGGCCGGAUUUUCGCAGACCUUCUCCUCCCUCGACCAACCGACAUUGACGUUGCCUGCUCUCCCGCUUCCGUCCGGAAGUACAGGGAAUUGCUGACUCAAGCCCGCGCAAAUAUGCAGAAGGCUCAAGUCCGCAUGCAGCAGCAAGCCAACAGGCGUCGCGUACCAUGUCCCAUCCGCGCCGGUGAUCUGGUUUGGGUCUCCGCGGAAGAGUUUGCAUUGGAACAGGAUGUUUCACGCAAACUGCUUCCCAAGUGGUUUGGACCUUGGUCGGUGACAACAGCCGCGGGCGAUGAGCCCGAUGGCCCUUCAUUUGUGAUCAACAUUCCAAAGCAUUUGACGGUCCAUCCGGUCUUCCACGCCUCGAAGCUGGCAACAUACACGCCAGCCAAGAGCGACGACUUUCCGGACCGACGAUCACAAGACCCUCCUUCUAUGGAUGGCCAUCAGGAAGUUGACYGCGUCAUCUCCGAUCGCAAGUUCGGCAGCAAGCCGCAGCAGUACAAAGUCACAUUCAAAGCAUGCGAUCGUGACGACACUCGGUGGAUUUCAGGAGCAGAUUUGAAAGCAUCCACACCGCUGAUCUACGCGCAUUAUGAAAAGCGGAGGUUAGCUCAGGAAGCUUCACGACCAGCCCCUCCCACCCAGACUGUGGUCCCUCCCUCAGACAGACAGGUUCGCCCUUGCAGGUAAGCUCGGUUCUUCAAGUAGGGGGGGGUGUGGCAUACUGCGUAGCCACACGGGCCCUGCAGGGCCCGUUCCGAACAUUCAGCCUAACAGCCUAAAAC